AUGCCCUUAGAUGUUCUGGGUCGCACGUGCGCUACAAUGGAGUUCAGUGAGCUGUCCCUGCUGCGAGAGGAGCGGAGCAGUACUGAGCCUACGAUUGCUCGAAGAAGUCGUAGCUUCACUGCGACGGAUAUAUUGUUGCCGCGCGACCGGCGGUCAACCUCGGUCAUCGCCAGAGCGGAAUCCCACGCGGAGGAGAGGCCGCGCGACCGGCGGUCAACCUCGGUCAUCGCCAGAGCGGAAUCCCACGCGGAGGAGAGGCCGCGCGACCGGCGGUCAACCUCGGUCAUCGCCAGAGCGGAAUCCCACGCGGAGGAGAGGCCGCGCGACCGGCGGUCAACCUCGGUCAUCGCCAGAGCGGAAUCCCACGCGGAGGAGAGGCCGCGCGACCGGCGGUCAACCUCGGUCAUCGCCAGAGCGGAAUCCCACGCGGAGGAGAGGCCGCGCGACCGGCGGUCAACCUCGGUCAUCGCCAGAGCGGAAUCCCACGCGGAGGAGAGGCCGCGCGACCGGCGGUCAACCUCGGUCAUCGCCAGAGCGGAAUCCCACGCGGAGGAGAGGCCGCGCGACCGGCGGUCAACCUCGGUCAUCGCCAGAGCGGAAUCCCACGCGGAGGAGAGGCCGCGCGACCGGCGGUCAACCUCGGUCAUCGCCAGAGCGAAUCCCACGCGGAGGAGAGGCCGCGCGAACCGGCGGUCAACCUCGGUCAUCGCCAGAGCGGAAUCCCACGCGGAGGAGAGGCUGCGCGACCGGCGGUCAACUUGGUCAUCGCCAGAGCGGAAUCCCACGCGGAGGAGAGGCCGCGCGACCGGCGGUCAACCUCGGUCAUCGCCAGAGCGGAAUCCCACGCGGAGGAGAGGCUGCGCGACCGGCGGUCACUUGGUCAUCGCCAGAGCGGAAUCCCACGCGGAGGAGAGGGCCGCGCGAUCGGCGGUCAACCUCGGUCAUCGCCAGAGUAAGUGUAUUUUAAUGUACUGUGUGACCGCCGGUCGCGCGGCCUCUCCUCCGCGUGGGAUUCCGCUCUGGCGAUGA